AUGGCGACUGGUUUUGACGAACUUAUCGAUUUCUUACUGUCGGAGAUUGCGCUCUGCGGCGUACAAGGGGCUGGUACUGCAGACUUCCUUCGUUUUAUUGAUGCUUUUUACGUUCGUUCGAAGACUAAAAAUGUAUCCCAUUCCUGGGGCUCUGGCCUUCCGCCGGGAGGACUUGGCCGCGCUUUUCACGAAAAGGUGUGGAAUUGGGUCUGCACUCACCCGGACAUCCGCAUUGCAUACGACGGCAAAGUCUGUCAUUAUUCUCUCCCAGAGUUCGAAGCAGCGGAGGCGAGUGAGACAGGAGUAUGUGCAACAGCGACGGCAACGGUCAGUGGCCAGACUUUCAAUGUGCCCGUCACUGUCAAGUCUGGCCCUUCUCCCGCACUCUCGGCGCUGCGAGGUUCUUUGCGACAACGGCUUCUAGGAGAGGGUCGUAAUGUAGAGCAUCCGACAACACCGACUAUCGAGUCACCUUCCAGUCAUCAAGUAAUAGCAUUAACCGAAAAUCGAAUUACGCAACGGAGGCCUCGCAACAUCCCAACUAGCACUCUCACAGUUGCGCCUGUCUUUGACGAGCCUGCUCCUACCAUCACUGCACCCCGUCUCUACGCCAGCCAAAACCAGAUUUGGCAGGCAUUGACGGGUCAUGAGAUGGACCUUAAGAGGGUCCCGAGUAUGGAGUUUGUGCUUUUGUCAAUCAUCGCUGCUCGUGGACAAGAAGGGAUUGCUCAACCCGACCUGGUGAGUCUCAGUGGCCAAGACAAGCGUUCUGUCCCACACAGGACAGACGAAUUAGCUAGGAAGGGGUAUAUCGCCAAAAACCCCGUUCAUGCCGGCAAGACACGCACCAGUCUCUGCGUUCACAAGAAGUUUGUCACCAAGGAUCAUUUCACAAAAUCGAGCACCGUGCAAGACGUUUUUCAGCCUGGGAAAUUUGUAGUGCCAGGUUUCGCAAACUUGCUGUUCAAUAAGUUGAAAGAUGCUGGUAACGUUCCCAUGGCGACGUGGAAUAAGCGGGCUGUUCAAGGCGCUCUCAUUCGGCUUAAUCAAACCGGAUUCAUCAAGCGAUUUCAAGCGCACAAGAAAGGCACCGAGAACGACUGGAUCAUAUGCAUACAGGUUCUACGAGAGCCGCGUGAAGAAGACUUUGUGAACCUGGGGUUUCGUGGUCGACAGACCGUUAUCGAUGAGCCUACCGACGAGCAACUGGACGAAGACAUCGAUGGCGAUACACUGAUGAGGGAUCUUGAUGUAGAGAUGAUGGACGGUGCGGAUUCAGAAGCUGACGAAGGCCUUGAUGAUGAUGUUCGCAUACCACCUCAAUGGACUCCCGAUCGGCUGCUUGCGAAUACGUUCUUUGAGAUCGCGGCGCUUGGUGGGUCGGAUGGCUGGGACGGCACUACGAUUCGCGAGCGAGCUGUGGGAAAAUUCUGGAGACGGCCAACAGAUUCUUUCAUGACGCGUAUGACAGACAACUGGGAGAAGAUGCAACCUAUUCCUCAUCUCCGACAUCUUGCUCUGAUCCGAGAUACACGCGUCACUGACGAGAAGAAAACCAUCCACUAUGUGUACCGUACUUACAACAACUUUCGAAUAGUCGUCGACCAAGGCGCAGCUCUAUGGAAAGGUGUCAGUAAGGCAAAAGAAAAAGCAACCCAGGCAAAGGCAGGUCGACCAAAGAAGAAUGUGACAAACAACCAAGCACUUGACCAGUGGGGAUUUCACAAGCUUGAUGUCACGGUCUUCCUUCGAAAAGACGGUUCCGGCACUGUUUCUGAAUGUCGCUCAGCCAUUAUUCCUCCUAAACGCAAGAACGGCCCACGAUGGGAUAUUGCUUUGAAUGAGGAGAUUGGCUAUGAGAAGCCGGGAAAGCCCACAACACCACAGUCCAAAGGCAAGUUCAAAGGCGUGCCCAAAGUCAAAUUCAGUCUCGAACACAAAUAUGAGACUCCUACGCGGCAGGCCAGUCAAGCCCAUCGAACUUCUAUCACACCACGACUCGCAAAUGAACUUCAGCCAGACGCUGCGUCCGACGAAGAUCAAAAUAUGUUGUCUGAUAAAAUGGUGCCUUCCAGGGUAUCUCGAACCUCGAGGCCAACCAAGAGCUUAGGCAAUGGUCCAUGGCCGACUUCAGAGCAAAGAAUCGCAAUGGGCUUGCGUGGACAAGGUCGUCUCAGCAAGAGUGCAGAGCAACAGAUUCUAGCGCACCGCAGAAAAACCGGUGACCCUACAUCCUUGCCAGAGAAGAUCGUCGACGAGCCCAAGGAACGCAAGACGUCACCCCUUAUGUCGAAAGAACAGCGUGUAGCCCAAGGUUUACCAGCCUCAGGUCGACUAGGCAAAGAAAAGGAGGACGAAAUUCGAAAGGAGCGCGGCUUGCCCACAGAUUCGAAGCCGAAUAGGCCCCGGUAUACCCCAGGGCCAGCUCUACUCAGCAAAGAGAAGAAGAUUGAGUUGGGCAUCAAUCCUAAGGGUAGGAUGCCUCAAGCUCUUAUUGAUGGUUUGCGUCAGGAACGUGAGGAUGGCAUCCCGUUAGAAGAAUCCCCAUCGCUUCGAAGCUAUUUGGAGUGGCUCGGAUUGAAAACUCAAGCGCCCGUUGCACCGGGAUCGCAGGAUGCUGUUACAGAUCAAGAGUCUUCUGCACAGGAGCAGCCAUCACUCACUGUGAGCCAAGAGGUGCACUCAUCUCCUCCGAACGCCGCAGGAAAGCGAAAAGCUGCUGAUGGCGGGACUACUGUCCAGCCUCCGAAGCGACAGCGUAAGAGGGCCAGGUCGUCACAGGGGGCUACGCCUAACAUUCCACAAAACGGUCCUUCAGCGGAUGUUGUGGAAGCAACCAGCGGUCAGUCGCCUGUUCUAAUGCAGACAAGAGAACUAGAACUACAAGAAGACACUGUUGCAGGUACUCGUACAGGAGACAAUGUUGCAGGUACUCCUACAGAAGACGCUGUUGCAGUUGCGCCUACAGAAGACGCCGUCGUGGCAAACGUCGAGACGCAGGCUUCACCAGCCGUGAUCAAGCAACCACAUGCAGAAGCUCCUGAUGUACAUGUGCCCUCGCCUGCACCUCCUGCAAAUAAGUUCGGUCUGAACCCUGCAAACCAGGCAAUCCACGAUCUUUAUACAAACCGUUCUUCUCCUGGUGUUUACGUCAACCCUUUCGCCAAGCGCAAGGUUAUCAGAGGUCGUCCACGGAAUGCGUAUAUCGCCACCUUCAAGUCCAAUCGCCUCAAGGAGUUUGAGUGGUUUGGUUGUGCUAGCAAACGUCCUUCUGUGGAAGCUCCCUUAGAGUCCGAAGAAACGCAUGUGCAUCUCGAACAAUCGUCCUUGCAGCAGGAACCCAUCACUGCAGUUCCCACAGUGACAGAAGCUCCAGAGCAACAACCUUUGGAGACUAUCCUUCCGACCCCUCGUCCCGUUUCGGGAUGGAUUGCAAUCAAUACACCUGGACAAUCCAAUGCAUCGCCGUACCAAAGCCCGUAUACACCUGCUUCGCAAUCUACAGACAUACCGCCUGCGGUUGGAGAUGUCAUAGUGGAUGGUAUUGACCAUACCGACGACUUGGUCGCUUCCACCCUCGAACAAGAAAUUCCUGAGCCUGGGCCCGAAUCUGGGGAUCAAGAUCAAGGUCAAGAACAAGAGAAUGUAUCUCCCAUUCAAGGCGUUGUCAGCGCUAUAUCACAAGUUGACCUUAUUGAGAGGAAGGUGGCAGAAGGGGCCAAACGUGGAGGUGGUAGUACUGUGCUACGCCGGCAUACUAUCAUCCGAGAGAUCAUCGAUAUUUGCAAAGGCGUGUACCCCAUGGGCGGCGAGAUAGGACGGCCAUUUAGUGUCAUCUGGGACCGGCGAUAUUCCCACUUAUCGCUCAAGAAACCCAGCAGCAGUACCAUACUCUACGAUCUCAGGCACAUGAUCCGUGAUCCUAAGAAUGGAUUGAAACAAAUGACCUUUCUCGUCAAGAAUCGACAAGGACCAUCAACGAGAGAGAAGAAGAUAGUUGCGUACGCACACUUCGAUGGUAGAAGCACCGAAGUAAUGCGCUUGGCGUACAACAUGGCAAACUACUCAUCCGAGAAGUCGCAGCAAUUCUUCCCGGAAGAAAUCCGACAUCUUGUCGAUGGCAGGUCACUAUACACUCCUAUUGCGAGUGCACCCAAAGAUCAAAGCGUCAGCUUGGGGCUGACUGCUGAGGAGAAGAGAAAGACGCUGGCAGAAAAAGCGAUGUUGAAGAGGGCGGACGUGCGAGAAAAGAAGGAGACCAAGAAGCAAGCAGCAGAUGAGGCACGCAUGGUGCAAGAUGCACUGGUGGAGCAAGCGGCGUCAAAGCAAGGCACGAAUGAUUCUCGCGCGAAACGAACGAGACUCGCGAGUUUGAACGACAAAACCCGACGGUUUCGAUUGGGUCCGGUGCAGAAGCCUGUGCUUGAGAUUGUGGACGAAGAUGUUGAUGAGAGUCACACCAGAGAGCCGUCUGUAGACAGUGAUUCUGACGAAGGUCAUCCCCUCGGAACUCAACCCUCGGCUGGUUCGGAGGUAGAUCGCAAUACCGACGAGGAACAGGAAGGCUCAUCGUCUGAUGAGGCAACUGAAGAAGUUGGGAAUGAGCUUGAUGAAAGCCCGUCUGAUUCGGCUCAGAAGACUUCAGCGAUUGAUACUUGUACCGCAAGCUUCACCAGUCCAGCCGUCCGUUUCUAUCCUACCAACGGUACUUUCUCCUCGGAGCACGUCAUACGUCCUGUUGAGGACUUGAUUGUUGAACCUACUACCACAUCGCAAGGCAAGAAACGAGUCAGGAUUGUAGAACCACCCGCUUGGCGUCCAAAGAAAAAGGUUCGUGUGGGUGGCACUACCAAGGCACUGAUGCUGGAUAGCGAGUUCGUACACGUUUCUGACGAGGAGAGCGAUGUUCAUGCCUCUUCCGACGACGAAGAAGAACAGGAAGAAGUAGUAGCCAACGACGUCCAACCCAAGCGGAGAAGAAAGAUGAAGGAAAAACGGCAAGUGGGCAAACGGGGUCUACCGCCACCAACUCUACUAGAGCGUUUGACCGGCCUCACUGGAGAUCCAAACGACCCGGUCUACAAGGCGCCUAGCCGAAUCAACAGGAUCACGAAGACGAAGCCAUGGAACGAGAGAAAGCAGGGACAGCGUAACAAGAAGAAGAAGAAGAGCCAGAAGCUGUCUCAGGUAUUCGACCCGAUUGACCAGUUCAAGAAGCUUUGCUGUACUUUGAUCAUUGCGGCUAGUAUGUCCGUGACAGAUGGGGUUGUCGACUGGACCAUUGUCGAGAAAGUACACGGCAGUGACAAAGGCUUUCAGUUGUUGAGAUUGCAAAAGCUUUGGACAUGGAUGCAGACAAGCAUGGCUGUACAGCUCGCCGAGCUGUCAACAACCUUCCAGUCUUGCUUUCUCUCAGCGUACGAGCAAGGAAAGGUUGCCGCCAUCGAGGAUCCUGAAACUUACGACUGGAGUAAUCUCGUGCGUUGGACUAUGCGGAAGUGUACCUACCCGGAGCUUCCGCUACCUAUCCAACGAGAAGCGCUUCGGCAGUACGUUGUUGUUGAGUCGAGUUAUGAAGCCCUGGACCGAAAGACAUGGUACAAUGAGAAGAUUGCGGACAGAACGCGAGCACAACUACAACUGCAAUAUUCAUACGUUGCUCCUCUUCAUAAGUCUCAAUCUACAGGCUGGUCAAAGGAAGAUAAGGUUCUCAAGGCUCGAUCGUGGAUCCGCGCAAAUACAGCCACACCUCAGGCUCUUUACGACGGAAACAAAGCUCACGACAAAUUCAAAGACCUCGGCGAAUCAGUCCUUGUUAACGCUGUGGGAGAUUACGUCAAGCUGGAUAUGCUCAAGAUGAGGCAGCUGAAGCGGCACUUGCCUGGCAGAAAUUACAACUUCACCGUCAAGUUUGCGAAGAAGUACAAGCGCCCCUUCGAACUCAGCGACUUCAUGGCCGGAGUCAAGGUCAAGAAAGACAUGGACGCUGCGUUCACUGCCUCGAACCCAGACAGCCGAUUCUAUAACAUCUCACACACAGAAGACGACGGCUCAGUCAUGGCCAUCUUAUCCAUGGUCAGCGAUGGACUCAUCAAACUCGUUCCACAACUUCCACCCAUCAACAACGAGUUCGGUGCUCCGCUCCCACGACUCUCCGUCUGGGGCUUCUGCGAAGGCGACUACAUCCAUCGCGCCAUCGACAGGCAGCGUUUGUUCUGGGACAUUCACGCUGUGCCCACAGACAAGUACCGGUUUGGCAAUCCGCUCCAGCCAUCGCUGCCCGAGCCUGGUAAGCCUGCAGCUUGGACAGCACUCCCUGAGCCACCUCUACCUGGCAAGGAAAACUCUGAUACGUUACUACCCAUCUGGAGUAGCAUCAACGGCCAAUCAGUCACAUGGCCAUGGUGGUACCGCAUCCUCAACCUCGUCCUGCAACCGCUCAUCUUCCGGCCCGGCGCGAUAGCUACAGACAUCUACAAUCACUGUCCCGAGCACACAACUGAGAUGUUCGAAGUGGAGCUCGUACUCCAAUGGCUCGAGUCCAUCAACGCGGUGGUCAAAACAGCCAGUGGGGGAUACAUCGCCCAGUCAAUGUUCUGGGCUGCUUUUGGGGAUAAACUGCGAGACGAGGAAGAUGACUGGUUUGGCGAACAUAUCAAGCGUAAUAUCAAGAGGCAUGUCAAGCAGCAGUGGCGCGAGGAGUAUAAUCUCAGGUUUUCGGCACGACAGACGCACGCUGUGUCGCAGGCAGAUGUGAAUGGCAAUGGUGAUGUCGAUGUGGACAGUACGGCGCAGCAAACUACGGACACGCAAGUGUCGCAAAGCCAAGUUGAGCCGGCUGCUCGAGAUGAAACGGAACCCACUGGACAUGACACCGCGGUUCAGGAUGCAGCAGCAAACGAACAGCAUCCCAACGCUGCAGAUACAUCUAGUCAGGGCAUCGAGAUGGAGAGUGCAGACGGCGAAGACGGCGAAGAUGAAGACGCAGAAGGCGAGAUGGACGAGGAGAUGUAUUGA